AUGGACUAUGAGGACACAUCGCAGAAUGCAUUGCUUGAUGCAAAGCAAAUCUGUCGAUGCCAGUGGUGCGAAAUCUACAUUCUCCAUCAAUCGUUGGCGGAGGCUGGACUCGCAAAUGUUCCUGAACCACCACCGGCUCACACUCUUGAACAGGGAAAAGUUGCCGAGUUACGGCAAGAGCUCGCAGGCACCGGCAAGAAAGAUAAAAAUCACACCGCGAAGAAAAAUGCUCUCAAGAAGAUUGUCGCAAAUAUGACGAUGAGUAAUAACGAUAUGAUCGCUUUAUUUCCCGACAUCAUUGCUUGCAUGCAAAUUCCGGUACUGGAAAUUAAGAAAAUGUCAUUCUUAUAUCUUCAGCAUUAUGCCCGGACAAAGCCAGAUGUGGCCCUGCGAGCACUGCCACUGUUACAAGAGGAUAUGGAAGACCCAAAUCCACUUAUUCGGGCCCUUGCAUUACGAACAGUUUCCUACAUCCACGUCCGCGAGUUUGUCGAGGGCACUGUGAGUCCCUUGAAACGGCUCAUGGGUGAUCAAGACCCAUACGUUCGCAAAACUGCUGCAAUCACUGUCGCAAAGAUCUACGAUCAUGAUAAGCGCCUGGUCGAAGGAUCUGACUUAAUCGAAAGGCUUAAUAGGAUGCUGAAAGACGACAAUCCGACAGUGGUUGCCAGCGCUCUUGCUUCAUUGAAAGAUAUUUGGGAGAGGAAUGAGAAUAUCAGACUCACAAUCGACUAUGCGAGCGCAUCGAAAAUCAUCUCCAUUCUCCCGGACUGCAACGAAUGGUCACAGACUUACAUUUUAGAGUCCCUGAUGUCCUACGUACCGCUGGAAUCCGGGGAAGCGCUUUUGUUGGCCGAAAGAAUUGCCUCGCGUCUUUCACAUUCGAACUCCGCCGUUGUGCUUACUUGCAUACGGGUUAUCAUGUACUUGAUGAAUUACAUUGCAGACACAAAGAAGAUUGACGAAUUGUCGCGCAAGCUCUCGCCUCCACUCGUCACAUUAUUGGCGAAGCCGCCCGAAAUUCAAUAUCUAGCAUUGAGAAAUGCCAUUCUCAUUUUGCAGCAGCGCCCUGAGGUACUCCAGAACGACAUUCGUGUCUUCUUUUGCAAGUACAAUGAUCCGAUCUAUGUCAAGGUAACAAAGUUGGAGCUUAUAUUCAUGUUGGCAAAUAAAAACAACAUCUCUGUGGUUCUGAAUGAGCUCAAAGAGUACGCUACCGAAAUCGAUGUCCAAUUCGUCCGGAAAGCCGUCAGGGCAAUAGGCAAACUUGCGAUCAAGAUUGAGCCAGCCGCUCGUCAGUGUAUUGACACACUUCUUGAGCUGGUCAAUGCUAAGGUCCCGUACAUUGUACAAGAAGCCACAGUUGUCAUCAAGAACAUCUUUCGCAAAUACCCCAACCAAUACGAAUCAGUCAUCUCAACCGUGAUUGGCCAGAUAGAUGACCUCGACGAGCCUGAGGCCAAAGCAGCCAUUGUUUGGAUUAUUGGAGAGUACGCUGAUCGAAUUGAAAAUGCCGAUUCUCUUCUUCAAGACUAUCUAGCAACAUUUCACGAUGAGCCAAUUGAGGUGCAACUCUCUUUACUCACUGCAACAGUCAAACUCUUCCUGCAUCGUCCAACAAAAGGCUCCUCUAUCGUGCCUCAGGUGCUAAAGUGGUGCACUGAAGAAGUCGACGACCCUGACCUCAGAGACAGAGGCUUCAUGUACUGGCGACUCCUCUCCGCGGACCCUGUCGUUGCGAAGAAGGUAGUGAUGGGGGUGAAGCCACCUAUCUCCGCGGAAAGUGAGAAACUUGACCCUGCGACUCUGGAAGAGUUAUGCUUGGGAAUAGGGACUCUGGCCACCAUCUAUCUCAAACCAGUUCAACAAGUGUUCCGAGCAGCACGACCACGUCGACUGCAAGAUUCGCCUGCCUUGCAGAAAAAGAAGGAAGAGUUGAACACGGUGCUGGGCUCGCCAUUGAACCUGGCCAAUCCACUACUCUUGAACACCUCCGUGACGACGCCAGGCGGCACACCUGUGCCCGGACACCAAGCAGCCAUUGCUGCAGCAGAUGAUUAUUUCAAGAAUCUGAGCCUGAGUGACAACAGCGGUGGCGAUAUCCUUACUAGUCCAACCGUAGGCAUGAAUGGCAAUCCAUAUGUCGUGAACCAAAAUGCUCCACAACAAGCCUACCACCCCCAAGCAGGCGUGGCACACAACGGGGACCUAUUGCUAUGA